AUGUCCAUCACAUCCCCAGCUAUGAGCAGUAAUCACGACUCACCGUCGUCAUUCUUACUGGCACAAAUACAAGCACGGAGGCUAUAUCAACAGCAACAGCAACAACAUCAAAAUCAGCAAGCGCAUCAAUCUCCAUCCGACAACACUCAUCGCGAGAAGCAGCAACAAGAAGAGCAACAACAAGGGGUCGAGGUUGACAACUCCAACUCUAGCUCUACCGCGCAUCACCAAGUAUCUUCUCCGAGCAAACAUCGCUCAAGUCAUCCAUCAACGCCCACUGCAAAUAUGAAGUUCAAGUUUAACCCAAAUGGCAUAUAUGGCGGUAAAGAUUCACACAACAAUGGCAUCAAUUUGUCGCAAGUACUAACCAACGAAUACGAUCAUGUUGAGAGCCUAUGGAAAUUGUACAAUAAAGCAAGGGACUCGUUACCCUACAAUACAAGAAUGGAGAACUUGACGUGGAGAAUGAUGCAUCUCACAAGCAGCUCGAGCUAUAAUCGAAAACGAUUUGAGAUGGACAAGCAUCUUCAUGAGGAAAAGGAAAUGGAGUUGUAUAAUUCAAAAGAUGCUAUGCAUCACGACGAUGCUAAUUCAGCCUUAUGGUCCAAUGUGAUUGAGGACUUUGACAUGUUUAACGACAUUGACGCAAAUUUAAACACACCUGGUGAUCAUCAACAUAACGACGUACUGACUCCAACGGGAUUACAUCAAUCCGAUCAACAGAGGCAACAUUUGCAACAGAGACAGCAACAACACUCAUCGGAUUUAUUCAAGUCCCAUAAAUCUACUAACACCUCAUCUACAAUUUCAGCAUCACCAAGAACCCACCACCCAAACCACGGUUCUGACCGCAUGAUCACGGAUGACGAUUUCGACUAUGUGGCUCAUAUCAAGAAAUUAGGUGCGACAAACUUUGCUUCACCCAAUAGGGGAAACAAUAACCGAGUUGCGGAUGACUUUUUAGGCGGAGGAGGCGGAAUGACCUCAAUCAGCAACAUCCCGCGAAAACGCCUGGCGCAGUUCUCACCACUGUUAUCAGCAGUGACUUCAGGAAUAGCACAGCAAAACAGUAGAACAAAAUCCAAUUUAUCGCAGCAAUUGCACGACUAUGACAAGUUUGGACUCGAUUUUUUGAAUCAACACCAUCAACAUCAAGAUCAACACAAUUUAGCAGCAGACCAAGGCGAUGCUUUUACUCCUUCCUCUUUUCAGAGUAACAGCGGCCACUUUCAGCACAGCCACCACCAGAACCACCCCCAAUUACACUACCCGCAAGCAUCAUCAUCGGCACCACCUGCAGCAGCAUCGUUUGAAUUCUCCUUGGAUCCAUUAGCAUUUGAGGGCCCUAAUGAUAACUUCCGCGAGGUCAACAUGAACUCAUCUUUCCCCGAUAGUUUUGCCUCAUCUUAUGAAAAGCCUCUAUUUGACGAUUUCGUUCACUCGCCAACAACAAACGGCGGCGGUGAGUCUUUAUCAUCUUCAUUAUCAACCAUAAUACCAUCAAGCACGCAGUUCUCCACUUCGUCUUCUUCCAUCAGUCACCACGUUCCAGCUUCGGUGAACCCAAGAAGAUCAAUAACAGCUACCCCAUCCAACUUGUUACGUCAGGAAUCAUUGGUAUCGAUAUCAGAUUAUGCCGAUUCUCAAAACACCUUCCAAAAUCAUUUGAUACAUGGAGAUACAAUAUAUAGUAGGUCAGCCAUGGUUACGCCAACACAACAGCUCAACAAUAAUCACCAAUUUUCACGGAGUUUGAACCAAAACGAACAGUUUUUAAACAACCAGUCUUUAUCGCUAAAUAACCAUGCUGAUGCUUUCAAAGUCACAUUACCUAGUCAAAUUGGCCAAACGGGCCACAAUAACUUCUUUGACGAUGUGAAUGGACCAUCGCCACCUCCGGGAAGCGGCAAGAAACCGAGAAGAACAAAACUGACAAAACAACAUCUGAGCAAAAAUAAGAACCUGGGCGAUAGUGGUGAAGUUGACACUGGACGAGCAGCAACAACAUCAACAUCAACAACAGCAACAAACAGCAACAGUGGUGGCCAUAGCGGUGGUAGCGGGACUGGAACCAACGGCGCCUCGGCAAGCGAUGCAGGACAAUCAUGUACAAAUUGCCACACAAAAACCACCCCAUUAUGGAGGCGCAAUCCACAGGGCCAACCUCUAUGCAACGCCUGCGGGUUAUUUUUGAAAUUGCACGGUGUAACACGGCCACUUAGUCUUAAAACGGAUAUAAUCAAGAAACGCCAGCGUACAACCGUCAAUAAGAAGGAUGAAACCGAUGGAGAUGACUUGAACCCAACUGCGUUAAAGAAGGACAAGGAUGAUCGGAAAUCGGGAAGUGGUGGUGGUGGUGGCGGUGCUGCGUCAGCCACAUCAAACUCAGCAUCACAGUCGACUGUGGCGUCCUCCUCCUCCUCUUCUUCUUCUUCAUCUGCGGGGGUUCGAAAAGCACGUCGACCCAGCAUCAAAAGAAACAAGUCGAGCACCAAAGUGGCGGAAAGUAUCUUGCUGCGAAACUUGGCACAUUCACUAUCUGCUAGUCCCGUCACAGCAACGAAUCCAUCACCUACUUCGUCGUUUGCCAGUGCACCGCUGCAAAAAUUGUCAUAUAAUAAUAAUGAGCUGGUUGUUGAAGGCUCGGGCUCGGGCUUGAGUGGAGAUUAUGAUUGGUUGCGGUAUUGA